UGCUAAGAACUACUGGCAUCCACCAGAUGCUAUAAGAGUCAAGGAAGGAUUGUUCCCUAGAGCCUUUGGAGGAAGAGGCAAGGCCCUGCUGGCACCGUGAUUUCAGCCUUCUAGCCUCCAGAACUUGGACACUAGGAAGCUACUCUACCCUCUCGUACGGGAAUGAUGCUGCAGGGAGAGGGCUGCUCUCAGCAGUUGGAGAGUUAUUGGGUGCCCUAGACCUUACCCCAGACCUUUCAAUGUCUCCACAGCCCUUAAAGAAUGCGUUCCAGAAGCAGUGACACAGAGGGCUCAGCCCAAAAGCAAUUUCCAGGACAUAGUGAAGACUACAGUUUCCAAGGUCCUGGGGACAUGAAGCAGACACAGCAAGACAAAGACCCCACCAGUGAGUUGGAUGCAAUCCUUCCAUAUCCUAAGUCACACAGUGGUAAUGGCCACCAAGGAGAAGACCUCUCAAGAGACGACCUAUUAUUUCUUCUCAGCAUUCUGGAGGGAGAACUGCAGGCGCGAGAUGAAGUCAUAGGCAUUUUAAAGGCUGACAAAAUGGACUUGGCUUUGCUGGAAGCUCAGUAUGGGUUUGUCACUCCAAAAAAGGUGCUAGAAGCUCUCCAGCGAGAUGCUUUUCAAGCAAAAUCUGUCCCUUGGCAGGAGGACAUCUAUGAGAAACCAAUGAAUGAGUUGGACAAAGUCGUGGAAAAACAUAAAGAAUCUCACAGACGAAUCCUGGAACAGCUUUUAACGGUAGAAAAAUCUCACAGGCAAACCAUAUUAGAGUUGGAGGAAGAAAAGAGAAAACAUAAAGAAUACAUGGAGAAGAGUGAUGAAUUCAUAAGCUUGCUAGAACAGGAACGUGAAAGAUUAAAAAGGUUAAUUGACCAAGAAACAGAGUCCCAGAAAAAGAAGGAGCAAGAAAAAGAGAAGAGGGUCACUGCCCUGAAAGAGGAGCUGACCAAACUGAAGUCUUUUGCUUUGAUGGUUGUGGACGAACAACAAAGGCUGACGGCACAGCUUGCCCUUCAAAGACAGAAAAUCCAAGACCUAACCACAAGUGCAAAGGAAACACAUGCUAAACUAGUCCUUGCUGAAGCCAGAGUUCAGGAAGAAGAGCAGAAGGCAACCAGACUAGAGAACGAUCUGCAAACGCAGACCACAAAGUUUCACCAGAACCAAGAAACAAUUAUGGCAAAGCUCACCAAUGAGGACAGCCAAAAUCGCCAGCUUCGACAAAAGCUGGCAGCACUCAGCCGGCAAAUUGAUGAGUUAGAAGAGACAAACAGGUCUUUACGAAAAGCAGAAGAGGAGCUGCAAGAUAUAAAAGAAAAAAUUAACAAGGGAGAAUAUGGAAACUCCAGUAUCAUGGCUGAGGUGGAGGAGCUCAGGAAACGUGUGCUAGAAAUGGAAGGGAAGGAUGAAGAGCUCAUAAAAAUGGAGGAGCAGUGCAGAGAACUCAAUAAGAGGCUGGAAAAGGAAACAUCACAGAGUAAAGACUUUAAACUCGAGGUUGAAAAACUCAAUAAAAGAAUUAUGGCUCUGGAAAAAUUAGAAGACGCUUUCAACAAAAGCAAACAAGAAUGUUACUCUCUGAAAUGUAAUUUAGAAAAAGAAAGGAUGACCACAAAGCAGUUAUCUCAGGAACUGGAGAGUUUAAAGAUAAGGAUCAAAGAGCUAGAAGCCAUUGAAAGUCGGCUGGAGAAGACAGAAUUCACCCUAAAAGAGGAUUUAACUAAACUGAAAACAUUAACUGUGAUGCUGGUAGAUGAACGGAAAACAAUGAGUGAAAAAUUAAAGCAAACUGAAGAUAAGUUACAAGCUGCUGCUUCUCAGCUUCAAGUGGAGCAAAAUAAAGUGACAACGGUUACUGAGAAGUUAAUUGAAGAAACUAAAAGGGCACUGAAGUCCAAAACUGAUGUGGAAGAAAAAAUGUACAGUGUAACGAAAGAGAGAGAUGAUCUAAAAAACAAACUGAAAGCGGAAGAAGAGAAAGGAAAUGAUCUCCUGUCCAAAGUUAACAUGUUGAAAAACAGGCUUCAAUCAUUGGAAGCAAUUGAGAAAGAUUUCCUAAAAAACAAAUUAAAUCAAGAUUCUGGUAAGUCCACAGUAGCAUUACACCAAGAGAACAAUAAGAUUAAAGAGCUCUCUCAAGAAGUGGAAAGACUGAAACUGAAGUUAAAGGAUAUGAAAGCCAUUGAGGAUGACCUCAUGAAAACUGAAGAUGAGUAUGAGACUCUAGAACGAAGGUAUGCUAAUGAACGAGACAAAGCUCAAUUUUUAUCUGAAGAGAUGGAACAUGUUAAAAUGGAACUUGCCAAAUACAAGUUAGCAGAAAAGACAGAGUCCAGCCAUGAACAAUGGCUUUUCAAAAGGCUCCAGGAAGAAGAAGCUAAAUCAGGUCACCUCUCAAGAGAAGUGGAUGCACUGAAAGAGAAAAUUCAUGAAUACAUGGCAACUGAGGACCUGAUAUGUCACCUCCAGGGAGAUCAUUCAGUUCUGCAAAAGAAACUCAGUCAACAAGAAAACAGGAACAGAGAUUUAGGAAGAGAGAUUGAAAACCUCACUAAAGAGUUAGAGCGGUACCGUCAUUUCAGUAAGAGCCUCCGGCCCAGUCUCAAUGGAAGAAGAAUCUCUGACCCUCAAGUAUUUUCUAAAGAAGUUCAAACAGAAGCAGUAGACAAUGAGCCACCUGAUUACAAGAGUCUCAUUCCUCUGGAACGGGCAGUCAUCAACGGUCAGUUAUAUGAGGAGAGUGAGGACCAGAAUGAGGACCCUAAUGAUGAGGAGUCCGUGCUGUCUUUCAAAUGCAACUCAUCUACUCCCUGUCCUGUUAACAGGAAGCUAUGGAUUCCUUGGAUGAAGUCCAAGGAGGGCCAUCCUCAGAAUGGAAAAAUACAAACUAAACCCAAUGGCAACUUCGUGCAACCUGGAGAUCUAGUCCUAAGCCACACACCUGGGCAGCCACUUCAUAUAAAGGUUACUCCAGACCAUGUCCAAAACACAGCUACUCUUGAAAUCACAAGUCCGACCACAGAGAGUCCUCACUCUUACACAAGCACUGCAGUGAUACCAAACUGUGGCACUCCAAAGCAAAGGAUAACCAUCCUCCAAAAUGCCUCCAUAACUCCAGUGAAAUCAAAAACCUCUGCUGAAGGCCUUAUGAAUUUAGAGCAAGGCAUGUCCCCAAUUACCAUGGCAACCUUUGCCAGGGCACAGACCCCAGAGUCUUGUGGUUCCAUAACUCCAGAAAGGACAAUGUCACCUAUUCAGGUUUUGGCUGUUACUGGUUCAGCUAGCUCCCCUGAGCAGGGACGCUCUCCAGAGCCGAUAGAAAUCAGUGCCAAGCAUGCAAUUUUCAGAGUCUCCCCUGAUCGGCAGUCAUCAUGGCAGUUUCAGCGUUCAAACAGUAACAGUUCAAGUGUGAUAACUACUGAGGAUAAUAAAAUCCACAUUCACUUAGGAAGUCCUUACAUGCAAGCCGUAGCUAGCCCCGUGAGACCUGCCAGCCCUUCAGCACCACUGCAGGAUAACCGAACUCAAAGCUUAACUAAUGGGGCACUAAACAAAACAACCAAUAAAGUCACCAGCAGUAUUACUAUCACACCAACAGCCACACCUCUUCCUCGACAAUCACAAAUUACAAUCAAGGAGGUAUGCAAGCAGAGAAUCCCAACACGGAUCCCUAAACCAAAAUCUACAGGCAUUGCUAAGCUUUCCCCUAAAGCUCUCCCAGGGCCUAUGGAUAAGACUGGCUGUGGGAAGCUACACAUCAUAAGGACUGUCACCUCUAAUACUUUCCUCCACAUGGGAGGGAAAAGGUAAGUCAUGCAAAUGUACUGCCUGGAUAUUCACCUACAGAAAUGUCUGGAAAGCUGGAGUUACUAGUAUGGAAGGACAAAGAUGAAGGGCUGUCUCUCCAGGAAAUGGUGAAACAGCAAACAGACAGAUGGUUCAUUCACAGGUUGCUGGACCUGGUGAAUAUCAUCCUGAAAGAGCAGGACAUCUGCAAUUACUUUAACUAUAUAUGUAUAUGCAUAUACACACAAUCACAGGCCCAGACACACACCCCAAAUCCUCCCAACUCCUCAUCCUACUUGUAAUCCAACCCGAAGUUGGACUAUCAUUAGCUUGGAAUAGGACUGAAUUCAUUAGAACAGUUCAAAAGUUUUCUAGCGAACCCAGAAGUAAUUCAUUCCACAGAACUUUGCCAAGAAGAUGUGGUAUCCAGGAUUCCUAAUCUGCUUCAAGAAAGUCAGAUUAUUUCCAUCAAAAUGGCAGGACAAUUAAAAUCAUACUUUAAGUUCUAAAACUAUGACUUCUUUAUGACCAGGAGGAAAAAAACAAGUGGUACUUCUUAGUUACAAAGAAGAAAGGAACAACAAAAAUGAGUAACAGCUGAACACAUCCUUUGUGUGGCCUACCUCAUAACUGCUGGUGUAGUGUGCACACUUGGCUGCUGGCACUUAGUCUUCUGUCCCACUUUCCCUAGUAAGUUGCCCCUCCUGUAUAUACAGGCCAUGGAAUCUCAUUGCUAGGCUUGUAAAGCAAACCAUUUUAGAUUGGUAUCGUUGCUUUCUAUAGUAAUCAGGACAUCUGAGAGUCAAAGGUCACUAAUACUAAGAUCUUUUAGGGAGAUAUAAAUCACUGUCUUCGAUGUUUUAAAAAAAAGACAAUUUAUCAUCUCAAAGGACAUUAUUUAAUCACAUCUGAAUCAACACUAUUGAAAACUCAGUUGGUUCAAAAAAAAGCUUGGGAUCAGGAGACUCAAACUCCAAUUCCAGUUUUUCACUCAUUUGACACUGAGCUUGGCAUUCAUUAGUCUAAGCCCUGAGUUUCUAGUAUGUAAAACAGAAAAGCUGAAUAAUUCUUCAGGUCCCUCCCAGGUCUCAUCAUCCAUGAGUACGUCAACUACGAAAACUGAAUUCAACCAGUCACCUACAAGGCAGGGCUCAGUUCCCUGGCAGUAAACUAAAGUAGUUCUUUUCUUCACACUAAAAACUCACCGAAUCAAGGGAAACAUGUGUCUGUAAUUUAGUGUGGAUAGAGUAACAUAAUGAUAUUUUAAGACAAAUAAGGCAUUUUUGACCUGGGAGACAGUUAUAUCUCACAAAGCUUCAGUCACAAAAAAUGAAUACAUUCUACGAAGAGCACGACCCAAGGUUUUCUGUGAUUCGGCACUAAGAACUGGAUGCAUGAUCUUGGAAGAAAUCCUGCUGGUUAAGGACAGUGCUUUAGCUGGCUGUCCUGGGAUGGAGUCAGCAGAGCAGGAGCAAAGGAACUGCCAUUCUUCACAGUCAUCCAGCCAAGCCCAAUUCAAUGCAUUGAUGUCACUAUACAAAUGUCCCUGGGACCCACCUCAAUUUCAAGGAGGAGGAGAAGGAGCUGGAAGUCUGGGUAGCAUUGAGCUAUACAAGCCAAAGAGAGGGAUGAUGUGCAGUAGUCAGCAGGCAAAUGGCAUAGGGAGAAGGUGAGGAGGUUGGGUGAAUUAAAAACCCGAAGUGGAAAAGUCUAAGUUAAAUGAAAGCAGUAAGAGAAUGGAAGGAGUGGACUACAAAAAAGAUGACGACCCUCUGACAUGAAAAUAAUACAAGAGAGACAGUUCAGAAGGAAGUGCAGGGCAGUAAUGGGUGGAUGGUGCAGUGGGAAAGUGUAGGGGGCUUAGGGAUAUGCCUGACAUUAGCAGGUAAUAUUCAGCGAACAGAGAGUGAGUGAAUGAGGGAGAGAAGGGCCAUUCAGUCAAGACAUAAGUGAGAAAAGGUGCUAAGAGAUCUCAAUGGUAUAUGAUAGGGUCAGGAAAAGCAGAUAUGCUGGGUAACAUUCAACACUGAUAAUUAUGCUAAUGCAAAGAAAAAACACUGAACCUCCUAGGAUGGAACCCAAAUAGACUGAAGAAAACCAUCAAACAAAGCAGGAAAAACAAGCACCAACAGUACUCCUAGAAAGACUCAAUACCCUGGGAAUGUUUUACCUUGAAGAUGAACACAAAAUACAUUUUACAUUAGAGAUUUCAAAAUUGUUUUCUGCUAUGUUAAGAGACUUCCUAAAGUACAUUUUCAUGCCAAGCUGGCAUAAGUUCAAGAGCAAGCAAGAUAAGAAAGACAAGAUAUUGUACAAAUAACUAAAAAAAGGAUAGGAAA